AUGUCGUGGGCCGGCUUCAAGAAGAAUGUCAACCGCGCGACAACGCAGGUUAUGAUGAAGACUGGCCAUGUCGAGAAGACCAAUGACCGAGAUUACGAGGUUGAGGAGAGACGAUACCGAACUAUGGAAGCGGCCUCAGUGCGACUACAGAAGGAAGCAAAGGGAUAUUUGGAUUCUUUACGAGCCAUGACUGCUUCCCAGAUGAGAAUCGCGGAGACAAUAGACGCAUUCUACGGUGAUGCUGGUGCAAGCGAUGGUGUUAGUAGGAGCUAUAAGCAGGCUGUAGAAGACCUUGAUGCGGAAACAAUCAAAGCGUUAGAUGGUCCAUAUCGUACGACUGUCCUCGAACCCAUUUCUCGAUUCUGUGCAUACUUUCCUGAUAUCAACGAGUGCAUCAAGAAGCGUAACCACAAACUCCUUGAUUACGAUGCGAUGAGAGCGAAGGUCAAGAAGCUCGUCGAGAAGCCCGACAAGGACGUCACAAAACUCCCACGCGCAGAAAAAGAAACCGAGAUGGCCAAGGCAGCCUACGAGCAACUGAACGAGCAACUCUUCAACGAAUUACCACAACUUAUCGACCUCCGAGUUCCCUACCUCGAUCCAAGUUUCGAAGCAUUGGUAAAGAUCCAGUUACGUUUUUGUGCGGAGGCAUAUUCUAGAAUGGCACAGGUGCAGCAGUACUUGGAUGCGGAUACAAGAGAGCAAUAUGCGCAAGGACAUCUGGAUACCAGGGUGGAGAAUGUCUUGCAGGAGAUUCGGGAAUUGAGUAUUAGUGGCACGGUUUGA